UACCUUCCACGACAUUUUCGUCGCUCGGUUCAGUUGGUUCAAUGUCAUUGUUUUCUGCAAUGCCAUUUUGGUUACAGUUGUUUUGAUCUUUCCCAGCCAUAUUACGCUAAACAACAACUAUUUAUAACUUCAAUCUUUAGCCAAUUAUUCGUUAUUCGAGGUACACAAGUAAACUGAUGACACUAUGACAGUUAUUUGACAUUAAAAACUGUCAGCAAUGUCAUGCAGUCACAUGAUGCUGCCAGUGCAGAGAAAGAAAUUACCAAUGGCUACGAAUACGAAUCGUCAGUCUAUGGAAGAUAACUAUUGGUGAUCCAAAUUGCAAAGAUUCUAACUGGCACUAUUAGUGUCAAAAUUGUGAAGCUGUCUAAGAACGACACUGAUGAUUUUCGUAUAUCAUUUAGUUUAGAUCACAUUUUCUUGUUUGUUGGAGCAUUUAAGGCCAAUUCAAUUUCGACGGCGACCUCUCGCAUCCGGUAUUGGUUCAGGUCAUGGCGCCGAGCAAGGGGGACUGGGAUGCCGUCAUCUCCUUCUGCGAAGCAGUCAUGCUAGCCAAAGAGGAGGCAUGGUGCGUGAGGGAACAAGCCUCCUCACGCCCCAGCCGUCGCGGGAGACACUCCGGGCAGCGGAGAUCACCUGACGAUCUCUGGCCACCAUCUAAAAUGACUUCAGGACCAUACAAUUAUUCUUACAUAUUUAAAUACAUCAUCAUUGGUGAUAUGGGAGUUGGCAAAUCAUGUCUAUUGCAUCAGUUUACAGAUAAGAAAUUUAUGGCUGACUGCCCACACACAAUUGGUGUUGAAUUUGGGACCCGAAUUAUUGAAGUAGCUGGCCAGAAAAUUAAACUGCAAAUAUGGGACACUGCUGGACAAGAAAGGUUUAGAGCUGUAACUCGGUCAUAUUAUAGAGGUGCUGCUGGAGCGCUAAUGGUGUACGACAUUACAAGAAGAUCCACUUAUAAUCAUCUUAGCAGCUGGCUUACAGACACUCGUAACUUGACAAACCCCAGCACUGUGAUAUUCUUGAUUGGCAACAAAUCAGAUUUAGAUGGUCAAAGAGAUGUCACAUAUGAGGAAGCAAAACAAUUUGCUGAUGAAAAUGGACUUAUGUUUGUUGAAGCUAGUGCUAAGACGCCUGGCGUCAACUAUCGGUUUGCUAUAGAUGCGGCUUCGGCGUCCUUAGGUGUGCUUACAACUGCAGGCAGCUCUCAGGUGUCCGAAUGCCCCGAAGCCGCCCAAGCUGCACCGAGCCUGUUCGCACCGAUAUUGGCAUCAGGCAUAAGGGCCGCACUGUAA